GGAAGCAACAGUGAAAGAACCUGAAAUUAACACAACUCUUCAGAUCCAUUUCUUUGGAAAAAGAGGACAAAGAAAACUUCAUUAUAAAGAAUUUCGAAGGUAAAUGCAAAUAUUUAUAUUCAUUUAGGGCAAUGUUAUGGGUAAGAAAUAAAGAGAAACAGAAUAUAUUCAUUUCCCAGAACUGCAGAUUAUAAAACUAAAAUACUGUCUGAAUUUUGUGUAUCUAUAUAGUAUUUGUCUCUUAAGGACUAAACCUAUGAAAUAGAAACUAAAAUUAGUGUGCUCAAAAUAUUCUAACCUAUUAUAGAACCUAUUUUCUGUUUCAUAGAAUACUUUUUAGAAUUCUUUUUAGUAACUUAAUAUUUGCAACAAAGAACCAUGCCCCUAGCAUCAGUUCUUUAGGCAAAACACCAACCCAUCUUAAAACAGCAACCAUUUAUUCUCAGGAGUCUUUAAGGCAGUUGGGUAGUUCUCCUGAUGGGGACAGGAUUGGCAGAUCUUUACUGUACUCUUGCAUUUGAAGUCUGCUGAUGGGUUGGCUGGCUGCUGGCUCUUCUAAGAUGAUCUCAGUUGGGACACCUCAGCUGCUUCAUGUAGUCUCUCAUUCUCUAGCACAAGCGUUGGCAAACAUUUUCUGCAAACGGCCAAAGAGUAAAUAUGAUCUCUUUCACAGCUACACAACUCCAUGGUUGUAGUGUGAAAACAGCCAUAAACAGUAUAUUAACAAAUAGACAUGACAUGUUCAAGUAAAGCUUUAUACUAACAUUAAUUUUAAGUAAUGUAUUUAACCUCCCUAAGUUCUUUUCUUUAUCUAAAAAAUGGAAAGAAUAAUGCUUACCUGUAUGAUUAUUAUAAACAUUAAAAUACGGUGUCCUGUGUACCUUCUUCCCAAUGAUACUAAUUCCAUGCACAAUGAGACAGUGCGCCUCCCUGUGCUACUCCACUAACCAAAGUCUUAAAUAUCAAAAAGCAGAACAGGCUUUUACCUCGUUGCCUUUCUGAGAGCAAGAUGGGUCACCAGCAGCUGUACUGGAGCCACCCGCGAAAAUUUGGCCAGGGUUCUCGCUCUUGUCGAGUCUGUUCAAACCGGCACGGUUUGAUCCGGAAAUAUGGUCUCAAUAUGUGCCGCCAGUGUUUCCAUCAGUACGCGAAGGAUAUAGGUUUCAUUAAGUUGGACUAAAUGAUCUUCAAAGGAUUAUCCAAGACACCUACCAUGAAAAACCAUGAUAGUUCUUUGUACAUAAAAUAAACAUUUUUAAAAACCCAAAAAAAAAAAAAAA